AGAAAGGAAAAACUCCAUUAAAAACCUCCCGGCUCUCCUCCAUAUUAGAAAUGAAAUGGAAAAUGGAGUGGAUUUAACAGGAAUCCUGGAUUCCUCCGGCCAAGCUGGAGGAAGGGAGACUAGAAUCAAAGCCACAGGCUGCUGAUAUUUUUUAAGUCGCAAUAAAUACUGAGAACUCCGGGGCAGGAUGAGGAUUUCCUGACACAAGCAAAGGAGAAAGGAUAUUCCUCUCUGUAUAUUUAAUUUAUUCACUCUGAUGAUUCUCUUGACUGAUCUGGUAAUUGUUAGAAGCGGCUGUGACAGCCUGGAAACAUUAGUAUGAUUUCCUGAGUUUGAGAUUUGCUGCUACCCCCCCCCCCCCCCUCCCCUCCCCUCUUCCCCCCCUCUCCAAACUCAGGAAAAGUCAAUACAAUCGCACUUCAUUUUUCCUUCAUGUGCACUUGGAAGUCCUGGGAGCAGCAAGAGCAGCAGCAGCAGCAGCAGCAAGAAUGAACUGCAAGGAAGAAGAUGACAACUGCACUGAUGGGAGCAGCAACAACACGAAGAAGAUGUUAAAAUGCGUGGUGGUUGGAGACGGUGCAGUUGGGAAAACCUGUUUGCUGAUGAGUUAUGCCAACGAUGCCUUCCCAGAGGAAUAUGUCCCCACUGUGUUUGACCACUAUGCAGUAACUGUGACUGUGGGAGGACAACAACACUUGCUGGGACUUUAUGACACUGCAGGGCAGGAGGACUACAACCAGCUGAGACCCCUGUCCUACCCCAACACGGACGUGUUCCUGAUCUGCUUCUCCGUGGUGAAUCCUGCCUCCUACCACAACGUCCAGGAGGAGUGGGUGCCCGAGCUGAAAGUUUGCAUGCCCAAUGUGCCUUAUGUCCUCAUAGGAACACAGAUUGAUCUCCGGGAUGAUCCCAAAACUUUGGCUCGGCUGCUUUACAUGAAGGAGAAACCACUCACCUACGAGCACGGAGUGAAGCUAGCCAAGGAGAUUGGAGCACAGUGCUACCUGGAGUGCUCAGCCCUCACACAGAAAGGCCUUAAGACUGUCUUCGAUGAAGCAAUCAUGACCAUUUUUCACCCCAAGAAGAAGAAGAAGCGUUGCGCAAAGUGCCACAGCUGCUGCACCCUCGUGUGAAGUCACCUGGAGAGAAAAGUGAGAAGAGUUCAAUGAAACCAAGCAGGUUAGAAAGGCAGUGAAGAUCACAUGCAACUGUAAUGGGGAACAUGACCAGAAAGGGGUCCUUUUCAUCCAAAUACAGGAGCCCUCCAUUCUGUGAAACCUCCCAGCUGUAUCACACUAGGCUGACUCAUGUCUCUGUGCUUUCCUAACCCUCUGGAGCUGGAUGCAUUCUGUUCCCACCACUGCAGACUGCACUGAGCCAACAGAAACCAGGAUGCCUGCUCCUGCUUGACUCCUUACCUUAGGAAUUAGGUGAAGGGGACAUGUGGAAAAACAAAGAACUAAAGGUGGUAAAAGAAACAAGAGAAACUCCAUUUGUGGCCUUAAGCAAGAAUUGAUCGAAAUUUGCAGUACUUAGGAAUUGACUGAAAGCACAUGGAGAACUGUAGAAUCUAAUAUGUAAGAUACACAUUGUAGGAUGUACUUUAAAAUUACUUUUCUUUUAUAAGACUUGCUAGUUCAGGAUAUACUUUGGAUUGUUCAAACCACAUGGAAGCAAAGGUGGAGUGAUUCCAGUUGGUUUUCACUUAAUAGUGAAACUUCACAGCAUCAGUAUGUUGCUGCACCCAAGCUAUCAAAAUGGAUCAACAUUUACCUCCAGACUUAAGGAAUGUUCUUACCAAAAAAAAAAAAUGCAAAUAACUGUAUUUUUACAGGGCAAUGUCCAGGCUGAGCCAUGUUUCUGUAAGCUGGGAAAGGAAGAACAUGAUUAAUAGCAUUAAUGUACUGAAACAAAGAAAAUCUGCCACCAAAGAAUUUUGUCCUAGACAUGAAAUAGCAGCGUGGAACAGUCUCCCUUCCAAACGGAGAACAUGAAUGAGACACAUUGCCAUGGCAACUAAAAACUUACCUUCUAGAUCAGCUGGAUUUCUACAUCUCACCCAGCAGACGGAAAUAGCAAAAAGUCAAAAGCCAAAGGUCAUACUGACUUCCAAUGCUUUAAGGUGAUUCGAUUGCCUAAAGGUUUUGGUUUUUUAUUCAUGGAGUAUUGCAUGUAAGAAAAACCUCAUCAAAGUGGAGUUGUAAACAUGUUGAUUUAUUGUAUUCUCCCUCCUCCCAUCCAUGACUUCGUUGUUCCCAUUUUUCCAACUUCAAGACUCCAAGUGCUGUUUCAGCUGCAGCGUGGCUGUGGUCCUCAGGACUGAACUUCCACACGAGUCACACAUGAUGGUCUGCAGCUAAUGGCACAGGGAUGGGAAGUCCAGACUUUAAGGGAAGGGAAGCUGCCUGGUAGCUCUCUUUGCUGUUGAUAAAAAAGUUUGCCUUUUCACUAAAGCUUCUCCAGGGAGCCUGUACUUUUGCACAUCACAGCAAGAUAUACUCUCAGAGGUGAACUCAAAAGGCAUCUUGUUCUUUGCUUUUGCCUUCAGGUACCCUGGCAGUGCCAUGGAAUUGUCUUAUUAUGGAUUUAAGUCCCCAAGGAGAAAAUCACAGUUCCAGCAAAUACAGGUUUCAAGACUUUGGGUGUAACUCCUUGCAAAAGCAGUGUCCAUAAUCUAAUCAGCAUUUCCAGAAGUGGUAGGAGUAUGGAAGUAAGAGCAGUGUGCCCUCCAUCCCAGGGACAAGUGUCAUCCCACAUGCCCUGUGUCCCACAUCAGGGGACUUGCCAGCCUGCUCCUUUCCAGAAGCAUGGUAGCAUGGCUAAGUACAUAUAUGCAACCAGAAAAACUCCUGUGGUUAGUGGUGAAUUAUAGACCUGGUGUAAUCAGAGCAAUUAGUGGCUUCAGCAGGACCACAGGAACUGGCCCCUCAGUGCAGAGCAGUGAACAAUCACAAUGCAGGGCCCAAUCCUGCAGCCACUGAAGCUGAUGGAUCCCAGCUCCUCCUUUUGCUCAUUUUCAAUUUACCAUUAACACCUACGGGAACCAGAUCCGACACCCUGAAACAUUUCCUGGUAGAAAUCAACAAUUCUCUCUGACAAAAGUGAUCCAAUUCAAGGCGAACACCUUACAACUGUAACCCAGCAGAUUUUCACUCACUGUCUCUUUCCCACUGCACACAAGCAUGACUGAAAACAAAGUUGUGCUAAAUCAGACCAGGGAAAGAUUUCCUCAGUGCUGGGAUUCUCUGUGCAUACUUUACAUUCAGUUUUAUUAUGUCCCAGCCAUUUUCAUCAAAUGGACUGGCUGAUAAAGCCCAGCUCAGAGUGAGGACAGUGCUGAAGCCCAGAGAAGGAGUUCAUGUUGUGCCACAGAGGCUGUGCCACUGUCCCCAGGCAAGCACUGAGUGUUUGCCCAGCUGGGACACUGGCAGCCAGCUGAGCUGUGAUGUGUAAAGAGAUAUUAGGCAAGUAUGAGGAAAAAUAGGAGUGAACUACACAAACAAAUAUUUGGUGGAUACUUGUUGGCUUAGGACAUGACUAUAGGAGUCCACUGAAAACAAAACAAAACAAAAAAGAAGCUUUCAACAUAUUUCAGAGAAAAUUAGACCUUCGUUGUGCUGCCAUUUACUUCAGUGGAAAUAAAAUAGGAUGAUUGCUUUGUUUUAGCUCAUGUAUGUUGCUGUAGAGUGCUAGACUAUAUCCAAGUCUCUAGUUAAAGUAAGUGAAGUCUGUUUUAGCUGAAGAGCAGUGCAAACACUCAGGUUGGAGCUGCCAGAUAUUCUUAGAGCUUCACAAAACACAGAGAAAACAGAAAUCCAGACUGACAGCUGAGCUUAUCAUAAAAUAAUGAGCACACUGGAAAAGUGCAAUAUAGGAUUCCCAGCAUGCAUCAGAGAAAGCCACAAAUAAUCAAAAGAUAUUUUUGUGUGCCACCAAGUAUCAGGGGUGUCUAUUAAUACUAAUAGAAUGGCAUAGAAUAGGCAUAUAGAACCAAAAAACAAAUAGGAACUUGUACCAUUAAUGUAACUGCAGUGGUUUGAGGAAAAUAACUAACAAAACAUAUGGUGAUGUACAAGCUAAAAUGCCACUGUCUUAAUGUAUUCAACUGCAGCACCCUGCACAAAUCUUUCCUGAGCAGCAAAAGCAGGGAAAAAAGUAUUAUUAUAGAUACAAAAUAAUGUUAAGACUAACCAGGGUUUUAUUUGCUGUUAUGAUACCAAGCACAUCAAGUUUGUGAGGUGGUAAAAUGUCGAGAUUUUCAAGCUGAUUGUAACCAAAAUUUGACAUCUGGGAGCUGCAAGGGAGGAUGGGUGGUCACAAUCCAGAGAGAAAUGGCCUCUGCACUCAAUUUGCUUUUAAUUUCUCUUCCAACAAAAAUAAAUAUUUUUAAAAUAGCCAUGGCUAACACAGGUGCCAUAAGCAGUAUUCCUGUGCUAGGUUCUGUGCACACACUCAGCCAUGCAAUGUGGCACUUUACUCAAGGAUCUGCCUCAUUACACUAGAAUUUUGGGGAGGCAGGAACAGCACAGGCUAGUAGGUUUUAGAAAGGAAUUGUAGGCUGAAGAAGGAGCCUUUAUUGACUAUCUGGCAAAUCAUACCUAAUACCUUUUCUAAAAGGCAACAGAUGGCCUGGGAACAGGCAGCAAAGCUUAUUUUCAGAAAUAUCAAAACACCAGACACAGUGCAAGCACAGGCAUAAGGCAACAGAUAUAAACAUCAAGUUAUUUUCAAGCACCAUUAGUAACAAGAAAUGAAAAUCAAUAAUGGAUUGCCGGGUGAAAGGAGAUGGGUUUUCUCACUGUAAGAUGAGCUAGAAAUCAGACCCCAAUUUCACCUUUAGAGGAACACAGUUAGUAGAGUUGUAAAGGCUAUAAACCAUCCCAGAAACUCAUUUGACGAUGUCCUCUUAAUGCAACUGAUGUCAAAACCUUUCCUGACAGACCUGCCUUUACUAAUAGUCUGCUAUCAUUUCAAAAGCACUCCCAGCUUACCAGGUAUCUGCUACAUCCUGUAAAACCCAUCUCUUUUGGCUUCUUCUGAAACCCUAAUGUUCUACCAGGAGUUGUUAACCUGAAGUUAUAGUUUCAAACAGUUUCUAAAGGGUUUUCAUGCAAACCCUUACAAAAAUAUAUUAGAGAUGUUAGGAGAUAACUCAAGACAUUAGAGAGUUGUUAUCACAUUAAAACAACCCACAAAAGCGUCUGCCUUUCAGAGUGCUGCUAAAAUACCAGGCCAGUGGAACUGGGGCAAUCCUGUGUUCUAUCAUCAUUUCCAGCAUGACCUGAAGGGAGUCCCACAAAGACUUCCACAGGUUGUCCUGUGCCUCUCCGAGCUCAGAAAAGUUGGGAUAACACAGAAACAAGGCUCUAACCCCACACAGGUCCACUCAGGAGCUUUUGAUCAACUGGGAAUAAGUCCCAUGUAUUUAUUUCCUCCAGGAGUGGUGGGGAGCAGUUCUCCAAGAUGAACUCUUCUGGGCAUCCCAUGUGCCAAACAUUCCCAAACCUUCUCUCUCUGCCCUGUAUAUCUACUGUUACAGUAGUAUGUACCUUAUAAAGAGCAACAACUACAACCUGUUACCUUGCACUGCCUUGAAUUAAGGAUGAUGUGAAUAUUUCCCUCGACUUCCCCACCUGUUGGUGUUGAUGCAAGUCACCUUCUUGCUGGUGGGAACUGCAGAAUUCACUCUGAGUCCAGCAUGACAAUCAAAACAAUCAUUUCAGCACCUGUCAUUGAUAUUUAUCAACUUUUUUAUCUUUCAGAGCACUGUUUCUGUUCAAAAUAAACACAAAAAUACAGUACUGCAUCUUAAUAUGCAAUAAAGUUAUUCCAAAUACUUUUAUUAAGGGGCUGGAUUUUGGCAGUCUUCCUCCUGCUGAAGAGCAUUUACUUCACAAGGAAUCAUCUCCAGCUUCUUCACGUCUCAGUCAAUCACAGCGACAACGCUCACGUAAAUGAAGGAGGCUGAAUGUGACCCUUGGUGACCUGCCCUUGUAGCAAAUGUAGAACAAAACCUCUUCUAGCUGCUCUAGUUCUGCUGGCCUGUGUCCCCCAAAAGCAGUGAUUUCCCGUUCCCUGCAUACUGUACUAGUCACCUGGUGUUCUGUCAUGCUCAGGACUACAAACUGCCUGGUAUCUGCUAUCUCUAAAGAAGCAUGGUAGAGAAGAAGCCAGAAAUUAGUUGGGAAAGAAGACAAGCCUUGGGCAUGCUGCUACACAAACCAAGCAGGACUCCCCCAGAAACAAUCACUGCAACUCAACUCUAGGCAUGUGGCUAAAAACCUACCCCAAGGGCGGGAAAAUCACUGCAGCAAAGAGAGAGCAACAGGGAACAAACCUUUCACUGCCCGUGACUGCCUGUUGACAAGGAUGCAUGAGCUUCUCUUCCCUUUGUCAGCAAGCCAUCAAGAUCCCAUCCAAGAUACUGGCCUAAGAUUCCAGAGACCCAAUUUGAGAACCCUUUAGAGGAGCUUGGAAAAGGUUGCAGAAGUUCUUGCAAGCAAUUUCUAGUCCUGCCUGCCACAUCUCAACCUCAAACACUGCAAGUGAUGUGGUGGCAAAUGGUGUGUGUCCAGCAGAAGUAUUUUCAGCAUGCCAGCUGCCACAUCCUUACAAAAACGUCCCUCUAAUUCAGCCAUGAAAGGUGCCUGUUUGCUUCCAUACCUUGCUUACUGUCCAUGACCUUUUCUGUAGCUGUUUUUCCCCAAGUGGCACAGCAAGUACUUCUUGAUACUCCACACUGAAUCUUCACCUGGAUUAAAAACAAUUUACAGUGGCAUCAGUCUGUCUCAAGUCAGGCUUGUUUAAAAGCAUGUUUGUCUUCUCCAGCAAAGCAAUCAGCAUAUACUCAUGUUGUUCCCAGGGACCAGUUGUUCAAUAAACAGGUAGAAUGCAGACAUCUAGCUGCACACACCUUUCUCUUGUAUUUUAUUUUUCUUUGAAGAGGAUUUCUAAUGUGUUUUAUCCUACAUUUAAAAACAACAACAAAAAAAAAUAUAAAGUGACUGAAACUGGACAUAACAGAACAUUUUGUUAGUUCACAGCUCCAUAGGACUGGAGGAGCAUCUGCUGGGACAGGAGGUGAGCAUAGAGCAACCAACUUCAGAUAACUUCUAAACACUUCGAGGUCUAUGUAGAAGUGAGGACAAAUUUCUACUAUAAAUGUUUAUUUUCCUCUUAGUGAAUAAAGACUGUCUGAAAGCAGGUAAAAGCCUCCCACUGAUUUUGGUAGUUCCUUGUGAUCUCAGCUGUCUUCACCUAUGAAAGUAAAAUGCAAAUAGAAAUAUUUUUCCAUCAAAAAGUUGGGACAAAGACACCAAUUAGAAGUAACGAAUGCAAUAGAACAGCAUCGACGGUUCUGCUGCAACAUCAGGGCCCAGAGCCACAAUUAGUCAGCUUGAUCCUAAAACUUAAAUUUCAUUUUAAGAUAUUAAGGGGACACCCAUAAUUAGGAUGAGAAAAAUCUUCAAAUUCUGUUUUCUUGGUUUCAGUUAAAGCUUUCCCAAACAUGUGGACAAGAAUUUGUUUUCCUGGGCAGUUUCAGGAAUCCCAGAAGAACCUUAUUUUGAGAAGAAAAUUAGUUCAAAAAACCAUGUAUCACAGAGCAACAAGCAACAAUCAGAUUGAUUGCUGUCAGUGGUGAAAAAUCUCUUUAAGUUUGAAAAUAUGUCAACAAAAAAUAACUUUGGACAUGAUCCCCGUGCUUUUCCAGAAUGUGCAAAUUGUAAUGCACUGUUUGGCUGCUUCUUCCAACUAUCACUUUAGGGUGGGAUUUUCAAAGAUGUUGUGUGUUGGCUUCAUUCCAAUUCUCAUGAAGACAAUGGAAAAUUUCAAUGGGGUCACAUGACUAAUGUGGAAAACAUUUCAGAGUCUUUAUGUUCCCUCCUUUUCUGCCCUUUAUUGUGGCUGACCAAGCUUUGAGCACAUACAUACACUGAGCCAUGUCCAAGAAUCUUUUCUACCUUUUGGCUGCUGGUUGUGGACAUAUGAAAGAAGUUAGGCAUCUGGAGGCUUUGCUGAGCUGAUCUUUAGCUUGAGAUUUGGAGACUGGAUUUGGAACUCCUGCUUUCAACUGCUACUGAGGUUGAAGAUGAAAAAGAUUACAGUAGCAGUGUAACGUUCAAGAAAAAUGGGUAACUUUGCUGAGUUUGACACUGCACUCAUUGCUGUCACUUAAUUUCAUCUCAUCCCAGUGGAAUGGUAGCAUUCAGGAUGCCAGAUUUCAUUUUGCAUUUGGUAUUGCCAAAGAUCAGUUUGAGCUCCCGUUGAUAACAGCUCUGGUGAAUUUUGCCUUUGAUUGCAGGUUAGUGAAUUUGGAGUAAACAGUUGUCACCAGUCUACAAUUUCCAGAUCUUCCAGCACAACACUUAUUUGUACUGAUAAGGUGUAGAAAUUUUUGUCUGAUGUCUGUCAAAGUAUUUGGGGUUUGAGCCAUAUCCAUAGUAUGACUGUCGUAUCAUCUCUCCCACCACUUUUCACCAAAAUAGGCAGCUGCUCUAACUGCAUUACAGGACUGGCAGGCACUGAACUGCCUUGUCAGGAUGGAGUAAAUGAGCCCAAACUUUCUCUAAACUUGUAAAUAUUAAUUCAUUAAUAAGCAAUAACAUAAAGCUAAAUGGGAUGGGAAAGACACUUGUAAAGUCUUCUUCAAACAUAAGCAGAAGCGAUCAAAGGUGGAGAGCCCAGGUUACUAGGUGGGAAAUGUUACAGAACAAGGCAUGGGAUGGUGUCCAUGCUGCCCAAGCAUGACGAGACCCUGGAGAAAGGGCUCAGAGGUGCCUCCGUGGAAUCACACCAGGAUACCUGGGGCUCAGCAGCACUUCGAGACUGGGAAGGCUUCAAAGAAGGCUGCAGAGAGGAGCAGAGAUGAACCUGAACUGUCCUGAGUGCAAGGAUAACUGAAUCCAGCUUAACCUGUUAUGAUGUUGAUGCACUAUUAAACACAAGUAUUUCAUUGCAAUGAGAUUCUCUGCUCCCCUGAGAACACAAAGACAAGAACAUUUCUUUCCUCUCCUUUUGCGUAGUACUUCAGCAAUACUUAAAAGUAACAGAGCAACAAGUUAUUCUAAUUGAGUUUGUGAAGCAGAUGUAAUGACCUUGGCACAGUUAAGGAUCUAACACAGGAUGAGUCCGUUCUUAGCAGGUUAAGAAAAAGAGUCAUUGACUUAACUUGUUGUGAGCAACUGAAUUUUUCUCUCUUCAAAAGUUGCUGUGUGCAAUAUCACUGGAAUAUGGGGCUGGUAAAACCGAAGGACGAGUACCAAAACAUCAUGACUGACUUUUGAGUGGCAUAUCUUUUUUCAAAGAUUAACCAAAUGUUCAAAAUCACAUCAAAGCAAUAUGAUUUCAAACUAAGGGAAAUUCAUUUUUCCAGCAAUUAUGUUUUGCAUAGUUUAAAAAUCAUAUAAACAGUAUUAGCUUCCUAUUUACAGCACAUGAUUCUGUACUCUUUUGCUUAUCCUCUUUUAAACAUGUAAUUAUUGUAUAUUGUAACUGCACAUUAAUAUCAUCUAUUGUACAUAGUGUAUUUUAACAUAAUAAAGGUAUUACUAAGUAUUUUGACAGCAUCA